AGGAUUGUUGUUGUCACUCCUAACACAGAGGCAGACCCGGCUUCUUCCGACAUGGAGGUUGUGAAUAUCAACGCUAACACAGAGGCAGACCAGGAUUCAGCCCACCUGGAGGUUGUGGACAUCACCGCUAACAUAGAGGCAGACCAGGCGUCUUCCCACUUGGAGGUUGUGGACAUCACCUCUAGCAUAGAGGCAGACCAGGCGUCUUCCCACCUGGAGGUUGUGGACAUCACCACUAACAUAGAGGCAGACUCUGCUUCUUCCCACCUUGAGGUUGUGGACAUCACCCAUAACACACAGGCAGACUCUGCUUCUUCCCACCUUGAGGUUGUGGACAUCACCCAUAACACACAGGCAGACACGGCAUCUUCCAACCUGGUGGUUGUGGACAUAACACGUAAGGCAGAGGCAGACCCGGACAGUUCCCAUCUGGAAGUUGCGGACAUCGGCCCUAAAACAGAGGCAGACAGAGCUUGUUCCCACUUGAAGGUUGUGGAAAUCACCCCUAACACAGAGGCAGACCCAGCUAAUUCACACCUGGAAGUUGCGGACAUCGGCCCAAAGACACAGCAAGAUCCAGCUUCUUCCCACCUUGAGGUUGUGAACAUCACCCUUAACAGAGAGGCAGAUCCGGCAUCUUUCCACCUGAAUGUUGUGAACAUCACCCGUAACAAAGAGGCAGAUCCGGCUUCUUUCCACCUAAAUGUUGUGGACAUCACCCCUAAUAGGGAGGCAGAGCCCAUCUCUUCCCUCUUGGAGGUUGUGGAUGUCACACCUGAAGAAAGGACUCUCAAGAUGGCCGUCUUCGCCACUCUGCCAACUGACAUCCAAGCAGAGGAUGUUGCUGUGGUCAUCCCAGAUGUCACCCUACAUGUCACCAAGGAUGUGACACUGGAUGUUCCAUGCAGAGCUGCAUGCAAAGGGAAAGUCCGGCGAUUUUUCUUCAGGCUUUGGAGGGCAGUGUGCUGCUGCGCCUGUCACAAGGAAGAGGAGGAACAAUAUUAG